AGUAUUGCUUGAUACACAGAGUUAUAUGGAUGUGUUUGAGCAGUAUUAAACAUUUAAUUGCCCCAUAUUGGUUUGGUUUAUUUUUUUCAUGUGAACAUGAACUUCCUUUACAAUGAUCACCACACCAUCUCCAUUCUUUCUUUUUGGUAUUUAUCAGAAAACUUCUUGAUGCCGCUGAAAUAAGUAGUCAGUUGGUGUUCGACUUUUGAUGGUGCAAGACUUUCAAUAACACAAAAUAGCCAAAGACUGAAUUACAUAAGUUCAAGACUGAAUAUACAAUGGGGGCCCUUAUUAACCAAUUUUAUGCAACUCUUUGUGCUAAUAUCGCCUCAGUGGUUUAUGGUUUUGCUGUUGGCUGGGUAUCACCUACAUUUCCGCAACUCCUCAGUGAAAACAGUCCCUUACCUAGUGGUCCUAUAACAACAGAUGAUGCUUCCUGGAUUAGUUCACUUCUGUAUAUUGGAGGAUCAGUUGGUACUAUUAUCUUUGGAUGGUUGGCAGACAAAAUAGGAAGAAAAUGGGCACUUUACCUUGGCACUGCACCUCAUAUAGUGGCCUUCCUUCUUAUCACUUUCGCCCAGAAUGUUAUCUACCUGUAUGUAUCUCGCUUUUUGAGUGGCAUCGCUGGUGGGGCGCUGCUCUGUGUAUUGCCAAUCUACGUAUCAGAAAUCUCUGAAAAUAGAAUAAGGGGGGUCCUUGGUUUCUUUGUUGGAAAUCUCGUGAGCACUGGAAUACUAUUGGGAUACAUUGUCGGCACGUAUGUGCACUUUGAAGAGUAUUCAUAUAUUGUUCUUGGAUUUCUCGGAAUUUUCUCCGUUGUCUUUGCACUCCUUCCAGAAACACCACAGUAUCUCCUGAUGAGGAAUAAAAUUGGGGCUGCGGAGGAUUCUUUAAAGUUCUUCCGUGGUUUUCACGGAGCCAGAAAGAACUACGUCAAUGAGGCGUUUAAUGAAGAAUUUGAUCGUCUCAAGACUUUCAGUAAUAAGGGUAGUGAUGUGUCACCCCUGUCGAUGGAAGACUUUAAAUCGAGGAGUACUCGUCUUGGAUUGCUGAUAAGCUUUGUGCUCCUUACUGGAAGGAACUUAUGUGGCCUCUUUCCUUUGAUUACCUUUACGGGAAUGGUAUUUGAAGAGGCAGAAUCAUCUCUAUCUCCUAAUACGUCAGCUAUUAUUGCAGCAGUGAUCAUGCUAGCUGGUGGGAUUUUUUCAAAUUUCCUCAUUGACAAGGCUGGCCGAAAGAUGCUCUUGCUACUAUCGUCUUUGGGUACGGGUAUCUGUCUCGUAGCCCUGGGAGUGCACUUCUUCCUGAAGCAACAAGGGGUCGAUAUGUCUGCUCAUGGAUGGCUUCCGAUGGUGUCUUUCUGUGGAGCUAUAUUCAUUGGCAGCUGGGGAUUGCUUAUUAUCCCCUUCUUUGUCAUGGCUGAAAUCUUACCAACAAAGGUUCGUGGCAUCACAGCCACUGUCUUCAUGGUCAUCCAGUGGCCGAUAACCUUCGUCCUGGUCAAAUACUUCAUAAUCAUUGGGUAUGACUAUGGAAUGCACACUUGUAUGUGGUUUUUUGCCGCUUGCUGUUUCCUCCAAGUCAUCUUUAUUGCCUUUAUGCAACCAGAAACGAAAGGCAAAAGCACAGAAGAGAUAAUCGAGAUUUUGUCCAAGAAGAAAUAAAGUGGAGAAGUUUGUUUUGAUAUUCAAAA